AUGCCGGGAGCCAGAUCCUCCCAAUCCAAGGCCCAAAAGAAACUCAGGUGCCAUACAUGCCGCCGACAGCGGAUUGUCUGCGAUGCUGGGAAACCCGCCUGUUCGAGAUGCAUCUCCAGAGGCGUCGAAUGUCUGGGAUACGCAGAGUAUCCCAUUCGCUGGGUGGAGCCAUCAUCGAACAUCUCGUCGUCUGCGACAAGGCUCUAUGUGAAGGGCAACAGUCCAGAAUCUCGUGGCUCCCAGAAGAGAAAACGAGGACGUCCAAAGCUGUCGUUGAUGCACACACCCUCAUCGGGUGGUCGCGAUCAAUCAACAGACACGGCUGUCUCUGAUCAUUCACCGGGUCAAUCGAACCGGGACUCGACAGCUGUCACUGCUCGCUCGCGAUCAAGCUCGACGAUCCCGUUGACGUUGCUGCCGACCGACUACGAAAGAAACAGACUGAUCCUGGAAUUUUCAUCGUACUACAAUGACUACAUCUGCCCCGACCUGGUCAUCGUGGACUCCUCCAGGAAUCCCCACCGCAUCAACUUUGACUUCCUGCCCCAUGUGCCGGACUUUCUGGUAAACCUCAUCGUUUCGGCGUCGGCAAUCCAUCAGGUCAUCCGCGCUCAGCCUCAAUGGGCCUUGAUCGUACCCGACUCGAGCCAGCCUCUCGGUGAUGCCGUCCAUCAAGGCGAUCUCGAGCAUUUUCAUUCGUUCCACCACCCGCUCAAAGCCUUGAUUUACCGACACAAGUCGCAGUCCCUCCAGGGUUUGAACCGGUACCUAUCCGAGGUGGAUGGGCAAGGGACUGAUCUUAUCAUCGGUGCGGUGGCUGUCAUGGUACUGUGUGAGAUCCAGCAGUCGGCAUUUCGCAAUUGGAAGAUUCACCACGAGGCGUUGAGAAGUAUCCUGACAUAUCGGGGAGGGUUCGCCAAACUAGCCUCGUCACGAUACGCGGAUCUCGGGUCUGCGUUGCGGAUAUUCAUGCUAGUCGACAUCAUGAGCUCUAUUACCAUACCUAGCCAAUCCCUGCCCCCGAGCACUUCCUCGCAGCUGGCAUAUAUUGAGCAUCUACCUACACUGUAUUGCGACGGGUUGGAACAAGGCUUUCCGUGCCCCAGUGAAAUGCUUGCUGCGAUCGUACACACCAACAACCUCAGAUGGAUCAUCCAUCACCACUCCGUUGAGGAUUCUGGACCGAUGGACAACGCAAUUCAAGAUCUUGUCACCAGCAUCGUGACGUUUGCGCCCAUCACAUGGGCCGAGCGGGCACAAGGCUACUAUGCGAAGAAGCUGGAAGCCCGCAAUAAUCAGCCGCGACCGUCCAGUUCGUUGAAUCUGGUGUCGCAGUCCGAUGAACAGACCGACUGGAUCAUUCUGGCCUCUGCAUUCAAAGCGGCCACGCUACUCUACUGCCUGAGAGCAUUGAUCUUCGACCAUGGGAAGGAGCAGGUCGUUGGGGGGCUGAUCAGCGAGCUCCACGACGGUCUAAUCACAGAUGCUGGCUCUCUUGCUCAGGAAUCGCUGACCAGCUUGCUGGGUAUCCUCCACUCAAUCAUGAUGCAGCUACACGACCAUGGUGAUUGGCUGGGUCGAUUCAUGUUUUGGCCGCUCUUCAUGGCUGGCAUGGAGAGCGCCUGUAGUUCCGAUGGCAUCGCGGACAGAGAGUUUAUCGUGCGCUCCCUACAGGAACUGUGCCACCGACUCGGUGACAUGAGUGUCUUAGAUGCCGCUGUCUUCCUGCAAUCAGCGUGGAGUCUGAGCCAUGAGGAUAGCAUCAAUCCCACCUGGGAUGCAACACUGGAAAGGCUGGGCGUCCACGGGCUUUUCUUCUUCUAA